AGCCACUCAAACACUCAGACAUAAUUUACAAGCAAAGCCUGUGUGUUUAGUGACUCCACCAGAUCAGAGGCAGUAGAGAUGACCUGGGAUGUUCUCUUGAUAAGUGUAUCUUAUCCUAGAAGAGCUGGCUUUCAACUUAGCUGGUCCAGAGUCAGCUACUCAGAAGAAAGAAAGUGAUACAGCCAACACAAAUGGACAGCUCUAGGCUUUAUGUGAAAUUUCCCAUAGGUCUCAAAGGUGUGUCCUGUUGGUCUCCUUCCAAAGAACGAAAUUGAGACAGAUAGCACCAAUGCAUACAGUGAGUUACCAGCUCCAAUGGAAGCCGGUCUGCUGAGUCCUUGCUCUGCUACCAGAGAGCUGGACUCCAUAAUGGAGGAUUUGCUGUUUGGCCUGGAGAUGAGGCUCCCAGACCCUCCUCCUCCCUCAACCCCACCACCACUUGUCCAGAAGUCAGUCAAAAAGAACCAUGUUGGAGAAAAGAAAGAAAAGGAGGACACCCAAGCGAAACAGGAGAGCACCAACAGUCCUAAGUCUUCUGAUCUGGAGCGCAAGGCAUCAACACAGAGAAAAACGGACGCCAUAGAUGACCUUCUGGGAGGCUUGAGCUGUGAUAUGGAGAAGAUGGGUGUACGAACGGUGGCGAAGGGCCACUGUGCUUCCUGUGGCAAGGUCAUUGUGGGAAAGAUGAUCACAGCCCUGGGCCAGGUGUGGCACCCAGAACACUUUGUUUGUGUGGAGUGUCAGGCUGAGCUGGGGACUAGUGGCUUCUUUGAGAGGGAGGGGAAGGCGUACUGUGAGAAAGACUACCAGCAUCUCUUUUCACCUCGCUGUGGUUACUGCAAGGGUCCCAUUCUGCAGAACAUCCUGACAGCGAUGGACCGCACCUGGCACCCUGAGCACUUCUUCUGUUCCCAUUGUGGGGAGCUCUUUGGGGCUGAAGGUUUUCUGGAGAAGGACGGGAAGCCGUACUGCCACAGAGACUUUUACCAUCUUUUUGCUCCAAAGUGCUCUGGUUGUGGAGACCCUGUGAGAGAGAACUACCUGACUGCAGCCAACGGCACCUGGCAUCCCAACUGCUUCGUCUGCUCAGACUGUCUGAAGCCCUUCAACGAUGGUUGUUUCCUGGAGCUGGAUGGUCGUCCCCUGUGCUCUCUGCACUUCCACUCCCGACAGGGUACACUGUGUGGGGGCUGUGGAGAGCCCAUCUCUGGCCGCUGCAUCUCUGCUUUGGAGCGCAAGUUCCACCCUGAGCACUUUGUGUGUGCCUUCUGUCUGCGUAAACUCAGCCAGGGGGUGUUCAAGGAGCAGGCAGGGAAACCCUACUGCUCAGCCUGCCACACCAAACUGUUUGUGUGAGACUUAUUUAACUGAUAAUGCCCGAGAUGCCAUGGUUUGGAGGAUAUAUUGGCACCGGUUCGAGUGCCGGCAAACCGGGCUUCGAGGGCAUUAUCACUUUUAUACAAUGGGUUACCAACAUAUUCAAAUAAUGAUUGACAUAUUUUAAUUAAAAACGUUAUUUUGAUGAAUUUAUUCAUACUAUUUCAUCCUUCCACAAAACAUAGUCCCGACACAAAGCUGAUUAAUGAUUUCGACUGGCUGAGAAAUGAUGCCUGUCUGUCUGUCUCGUCCUGACUCCCGACAUGUUCAUUACUAAAGGACAGCUGGAGAUAGAAUUUGAAUAUUGAAACAGUGUUGCAAAUGUAGGAGAGACAGACAACAAGGUUUAUACAAAUCUCCUAAUUAGUGCCCAGUUUAUAUAUACGGUAAUCAAUUAACCUGAAAAAAGUCAUACUUACAAAGUAUGUGGAAAAUCCCACACGGAUCAUUAAGGCAAUAUCCGCAUAAGAAUUGAAAAAUUAUUUUGUGUCAUGUGUUGCAUGUGGACAUAGACUGAGUGUACAAAACCUUAAGAACACCUGCUCUUUCCAUGACAGACUGACCAGGUGAAUCCAGGUGAAAGCUAAGAUCCUU